GGCGCGUCGAUCGGGCAGAGGUUUGAGCGCUUGUAGGUUUGGAUCUUUGCGCGCUGGGCUUGGAUCGGCUGUUCGGGCAGGGCAUUUUUGUGCUCCUCGAUUCGAGCUCUCAAAAUGGGUUUCCUGUCUGGGGAAGAAGUUGAGCAGCAAGUGUUUGCUACCGUUCACAAUCUGGAGCAUUGUGUUAAGUACAUAAAUCAGUCGCUUGUUGCCUAUGGAUUUCCAGCACCGCUCGAGCUGGGCUCGCAAAAUCCGGUUGCUGUUGCCAGAACUUGCAACUGUUUGUUCGCGAUACUUCAACAACGGCAGCACGAUGUGGAGUUUAGAGAAACAGUCGAUGAUCAGCGACAAAGGCUUUUAUCUGACAUUUCCCGGCUUGAGUCCAAAGUCGAGAGGCUCGAAACCAAUCUCGCGGCCAAAGAGAGGGAGCUGUCCGGGAUGCUCAGCAAGGAGCAGAAAAUGACUGCUACUUUUAAAGCCCAGCUUGAAAAGCUUCAGCAAGAGCGUGACGAGUUUCAGAGAAUGGUAAUCGGGACACAGCAAAUACGCACGCAGCAACUUCACGAGAUAAAAAAGAAAGAGAAAGAAUUCCUCAAACUUCAGGAACGACUGAAUCAAGUUCUUGCUGACAAGAAAAAAGAAUCAAGGUCGGGGAUGGAGAUAAUGAGUCUUCUACAGAAAGAAAGCCGUCAGCGUGGUACAUGGAGCAGCAAGAAAGCCGAUGGGGAUUUCUACAAAAUGAUAGUGGAUACUUAUGAAAGUAAAAAGCAAGAACUCAUGACUGAAAAUGCGGAGCUGAAGACACUUUUGCGGGCAAUGCAGAUGGACAUGAGAAACUUUUUGAACAAUUCACAAACUUCUUGUGACAACGACUUGCCAGAUCGGCCAGUAACUCCGCUUGGUGGACGCGCGGAUUUGUUCGAUCUUCCCUUUCACAUUGCGAAAGACCAGAUUGAGGAGAGUUUGCGCUCGAAAAUGGCAUCGAUCAAGGAAUACAUUAUUCAUUUUCAACAGGCUGAGCAGGGGAUGCAGCUUGUGAGCGAAGCUACUGAGCGGGAACUUGAGCUGGAGGCGCAACUCGUUGAAGCUCGCAGCAUAAUCCAAGAGCAGGCAGCUGCGAUGAGCAAACUCUCCGAGGGGUAUAUCGAUGAAAAUCAUGUUGACGAGCUUCAAGGCUAUGGGUCUGACUGCUCUCUCCUCCAAAGAAUGUCGCACCAGCUGGACAAGGAGCGCUCGGAAAUGGUGCAAGCAAAGGAGCGGCUUCAGGAAGAGCAAGAAGCUUGGAACGUGAAGCUGAGCAAAUGGACGUCUGAAAUCGAAUCGCCUAGCAAGGUCCUCAAUUGUAAUGUGGAAGCGGCCAACAGAAGUCAUGGAUUCUGUGGGGGGCUAACGGAAUCGUACGCAGUGUAAACCAGGAAAGCGAGCAUUGGGCUGUGCUGCUCAUCGUCAACCUCUGGUUCUCGUGAUCAAUCAAAGUUUGGUUUCGAAA